AGGCGGGGGAGGGGUGGGACGGAGAGGAAGGGAGUGGCUGCGAGCCCGGCUGCCGCAGCCUCUGCUCGCCUCAGCGGCGGCACCCACCCCUCCUCCUGCGCCUCGUCGGGGAAAGAUGCCCUUAGCCCCGGGGCGUGAAGAAGGGGGAGAAGGAGCCGCCAGCGUCCUCUGAAUCCGGACCCCCCCAACCCCCCGCCCGCCCCGCGCCAGGGCGUCGGGAGCCUGGGGCGGUCGAGGGGGGAGAGCGGCUGUCCGCCCGGCGCGGCACAGGCCCCCGGCCGGCGACCCCCGCCAUGGGGCGGGCGCGGGCGGCCGAGUAGCCGCAGCCCCCCGGAGCCGGGGCGAGCGCCGCCGCAGCCCGCGCUCCCGUCCCGGCCGCGCCGCGCGUCAGGCCCCGGCAGACGCUGCGAGGGAGAUGAGGAGUUUCGACCGGAAUCCGCGGGAGAGACGACUCGCCGCGGAGCCGUGAGGAGGAGGACGCCGGGAGGAGAAAGGAAGAGCGUCCUCCGGGCGGGACCGGGCGGGCGGCGAGCCGAGGGGCUGCCUCGGGGACCUCGCCCCCUCCCCGCCGCCGCCACCGCCGCGCCGCCGCCGCCGGGGCGCUCUCCCAGCGGCGGGCGGCAGCCUUUGCAGCAGCGCCGAGCUUUUCCCUCCCCCAUGUACCUUCUGGGGCUUUCCUCCCUUUUCCGUCUUCCUCCUUCCCGGGAAGUGAAUUGCUGAUGCGGAUCGGACCCGAUUCAUUAAUGAUGCAGCCGGAUUCGUUGCGGGAUUGUGUUGCACGAGCUGAAUUUUGAAUGAAGGAGAAGAGUUGUAUUUUGUUUUCUUCUUCUUCUUUUUUAAAAAGAAGUCCUGACUCUUUGGUUCGCUGUACUUUUAAUUAUUAUUUUAUUUAAAUAUACGACUUAAUUGUAUUAUUCUUUUUAAGAUGUUUUAGAGAUCUAUUUUAUGGUAACUUUCCCUCCCGAUACAUGCAUCUGUGCGGGAUCGAAGACGCUUCGGUGACGGGAGCUUCCUGGCGUGUCGGGGUGUCAUUCAGUACCUGCCGUGCACGACAGUGGUGUGCGGGACGAAGGGUUUAUUUUUAAAAACCGCACCUUAUAAAACUUAGGAUCACAUACUCGAAGUGCAAACUGUAAUACUCACUGAAGGGAAGAGCGGCGGACCCCGAAGCAAACAUGUCCGGGGAAGUGCGUUUGAGGCAGUUGGAGCAGUUCAUUUUGGACGGGCCCGCUCAGACCAAUGGGCAAUGCUUCAGUGUGGAGACGCUGUUGGAUAUACUCAUCUGCCUUUAUGAUGAAUGCAAUAAUUCUCCGCUGCGAAGAGAGAAGAACAUUCUUGAAUACCUGGAAUGGGCCAAACCAUUUACUUCUAAAGUGAAACAGAUGCGCCUACAUAGAGAAGACUUUGAGAUACUGAAGGUGAUAGGUCGAGGAGCUUUUGGAGAGGUUGCUGUAGUGAAACUAAAAAAUGCAGAUAAGGUAUUUGCCAUGAAAAUAUUGAACAAAUGGGAAAUGCUGAAAAGAGCUGAGACAGCAUGUUUUCGUGAAGAAAGGGAUGUAUUAGUGAAUGGAGAUAAUAAAUGGAUUACAACUCUGCAUUAUGCUUUCCAGGAUGACAAUAACUUAUACCUGGUCAUGGAUUAUUAUGUUGGUGGGGAUUUGCUUACUCUGCUGAGCAAAUUUGAAGACAGAUUGCCUGAAGAUAUGGCUCGAUUUUACUUGGCUGAGAUGGUGAUAGCAAUCGAUUCCGUUCAUCAGCUGCACUAUGUGCACAGGGACAUCAAACCUGACAAUAUAUUGAUGGAUAUGAACGGACAUAUUCGAUUAGCAGAUUUUGGUUCUUGUCUGAAGCUGAUGGAAGAUGGAACGGUCCAGUCCUCAGUGGCUGUUGGAACUCCAGAUUAUAUCUCUCCUGAAAUCCUUCAAGCCAUGGAAGAUGGGAAAGGGAGAUAUGGACCUGAAUGUGACUGGUGGUCUCUGGGGGUCUGUAUGUACGAAAUGCUUUAUGGAGAAACACCGUUUUAUGCAGAAUCUCUGGUGGAGACAUAUGGAAAAAUCAUGAAUCAUAAAGAGAGGUUUCAGUUUCCAGCUCAAGUGACCGAUGUGUCUGAAAAUGCUAAGGAUCUUAUUCGAAGACUCAUUUGCAGCAGAGAGCACCGACUUGGUCAAAAUGGAAUAGAAGACUUUAAGAAACACCCUUUUUUCAAUGGAAUUGAUUGGGAUAAUAUUCGAAACUGUGAAGCACCUUAUAUUCCAGAAGUUAGUAGCCCAACAGAUACAUCGAAUUUUGAUGUGGAUGAUGAUUGUUUAAAGAAUUCUGAAACGAUGCCCCCACCCACACAUACUGCAUUUUCUGGCCACCACCUGCCAUUUGUUGGUUUCACAUAUACUAGUAGCUGCGUUCUCUCCGAUCGGAGCUGUUUACGGGUCACAGGCGGUCCCGCAUCCCUGGACCUUGACGUCAGUGUCCAGAGGACUCUCGACAACAAUCUGGCGACUGAGGCGUACGAGAGGAGGAUCAAACGCCUUGAACAGGAAAAACUUGAGCUGAGUAGAAAACUUCAAGAGUCAACACAGACUGUUCAAGCUCUACAGUAUUCAACUGCUGAUGGUCCGCUAACAGCAAGCAAAGAUUUAGAAAUAAAAACCUUAAAGGAAGAAAUUGAACAACUGAGGAAACAAGUAAGAGAAUCAAGUCACUUAGAACAACAGCUUGAGGAGGCCAACUCUGUGAGGAGAGAGCUAGAUGAUGCUUUUCGACAAAUCAAGGCUUAUGAAAAACAAAUCAAAACACUACAACAAGAAAGGGAAGAAUUAAACAAGGAACUAGUCCAGGCUAGUGAGCGAUUAAAAAACCAGUCCAAAGAGCUGAAAGACGCACACUGUCAGAGGAAACUGGCCAUGCAGGAGUUCAUGGAGAUCAAUGAGCGGCUAACAGAAUUGCACGCCCAAAAACAGAAACUUGCUCGCCAUGUCCGAGAUAAGGAAGAAGAGGUGGACCUGGUGAUGCAAAAAGUUGAAAGCUUAAGGCAAGAACUGCGCAGAACAGAGAGAGCCAAGAAAGAGCUGGAAGUUCAUACAGAAGCUGUAGCUGCUGAAGCAUCUAAAGACAGGAAACUGCGUGAACAGAGCGAGCACUAUUCCAAGCAACUGGAAAAUGAAUUGGAGGGACUAAAGCAAAAACAAAUUAGUUACUCACCAGGACUGUGCAGCAUAGAACAUCAGCAAGAGAUAACCAAACUAAAGACUGAUUUAGAAAAGAAAAGUAUCUUUUAUGAAGAAGAAUUGUCUAAAAGAGAAGGAAUACAUGCAAAUGAAAUUAAAAAUCUGAAGAAGGAGCUUCAUGAUUCAGAAGGCCAGCAACUUGCCCUCAACAAGGAAAUUAUGAUUUUGAAAGACAAAUUGGAAAAAAACAGGAGAGAGAGUCAAAGUGAAAGGGAAGAAUUUGAAAAUGAGUUCAAACAACAGUAUGAACGAGAAAAAGUAUUAUUAACUGAAGAAAAUAAAAAACUGACAAGUGAACUUGAUAAGCUCACAACUUUGUAUGAGAACUUAAGUAUGCGCAACCAGCAGUUAGAAGAAGAGGUAAAAGACCUAGCAGACAAGAAAGAAUCUGUUGCACAUUGGGAAGCCCAAAUCACAGAAAUAAUUCAGUGGGUCAGUGAUGAAAAGGAUGCACGAGGGUAUCUCCAGGCCUUAGCUUCUAAAAUGACUGAAGAGUUGGAAGCUUUGAGAAAUUCCAGCUUAGGUGCUCGAGCAACAGAUAUGCCCUGGAAAAUGCGUCGUUUUGCAAAAUUGGAUAUGUCAGCUAGACUGGAGUUGCAGUCAGCUCUGGAUGCGGAAAUAAGAGCUAAACAGGCCAUCCAAGAAGAGCUGAAUAAAGUUAAAGCAGCUAACAUCAUCACAGAAUGUAAACUAAAAGAUUCAGAGAAGAAGAACUUGGAGCUACUCUCAGAAAUCGAACAACUGAUAAAGGACACUGAAGAGCUUAGAUCUGAAAAGGGUAUAGAGCACCAAGACUCACAGCAUUCUUUCUUGGCAUUUUUGAAUACGCCUACCGAUGCUCUGGAUCAAUUUGAAGAUUCCUUUUCUUCUUCCUCAUCUUCACUGAUUGAUUUUUUGGAUGACCGCUCUCCGUCCUGUACUCCAGCUAGCAAAGGCAGACGUACCGAUCCCGUUGAGAGCACAUAUGUACGGAAUCCGAACGUCAAGGUUAACAUCCAGUCAAGGUCCACAUCUCCUUCCACUUCUAGUGAAGCUGAGCCAGUUAAGACUGUAGACAGUACUCCUCCUCCAGUUCACACACCAACCUUAAGGAAAAAGGCAUGUCCUGGUUCAACUGGCUUUCCAGCUAAGCGCAAGACCCAUCAGUUUUUUGUCAAAUCUUUCACUACCCCUACCAGAUGUCACCAGUGCACCUCUCUGAUGGUGGGUUUGAUAAGACAGGGCUGUUCCUGUGAAGUGUGUGGAUUCUCAUGUCAUAUAACUUGUGUGAACAAAGCUCCAACUGCUUGUCCAGUCCCGCCUGAGCAAACAAAAGGUCCUCUGGGGAUAGAUCCACAGAAGGGCAUAGGAACAGCAUACGAAGGUCAUGUCAGGAUCCCGAAGCCGGCUGGAGUGAAGAAAGGGUGGCAAAGAGCACUGGCUGUGGUUUGCGACUUUAAACUCUUCCUGUACGAUGUUGCUGAAGGAAAAGCCUCUCAGCCCAGUGUCGUGGUCAGUCAGGUGAUUGACAUGAGGGAUGAAGAAUUUUCUGUGAGUUCAGUCUUGGCUUCCGAUGUUAUUCAUGCAAGUCGGAAAGAUAUACCCUGUAUAUUCAGAGUCACGGCUUCCCAGCUCUCGGCGUCUGACAGCAGGUGUUCGGUCCUGAUGCUCGCGGAGAGUGAGAGCGAGAGGAGCAAGUGGGUGGGCGUGCUCAGCGAGCUGCACAAGAUUUUGAAGAAAAACAAAUUCAGAGACCGCUCAGUCUAUGUUCCCAAGGAGGCUUAUGACAGCACUCUGCCCCUCAUUAAAACAACCCAGGCGGCUGCCAUCAUAGAUCAUGAAAGGAUAGCUCUGGGCAAUGAAGAAGGGUUGUUUGUUGUUCACGUGACCAAAGAUGAAAUUAUUAGAGUUGGUGACAAUAAGAAGAUACAUCAGAUUGAACUCAUUCCAAAUGAUCAGCUCGUUGCUGUGAUCUCAGGACGAAAUCGUCACGUGCGACUUUUUCCCAUGUCAGCUUUUGACGGACGAGAGACUGAUUUUUAUAAGCUGGCAGAAACUAAAGGGUGUCAGUCCAUAACUUCUGGCAAAGUGUGCCAUGGAGCUCUCACGUGUCUGUGCGUGGCUAUGAAAAGGCAGGUCCUCUGUUACGAACUCUUUCAGAGCAAGACCCGUCACAGAAAAUUUAAGGAAAUUCAAGUCCCAUAUAACGUGCAGUGGAUGGCGAUCUUCAGUGAACAUCUCUGUGUGGGGUUCCAGUCGGGAUUCCUCAGAUACCCCUUGAACGGGGAAGGAAGUCCGUACAGUAUGCUCCAUUCAAAUGACCACACACUAUCAUUUAUUGCACAUCAGCCGAUGGAUGCCAUCUGCGCCGUUGAGAUCUCCAGUAAAGAGUAUCUGCUGUGUUUUAACAGCAUCGGGAUAUACACGGACUGCCAGGGCCGGAGAUCCAGACAGCAGGAGUUGAUGUGGCCAGCAAAUCCUUCCUCUUGUUGUUACAACGCACCGUAUCUCUCAGUGUAUAGUGAAAACGCAGUUGAUAUCUUCGAUGUGAACUCCAUGGAGUGGAUUCAGACUCUCCCACUCAAAAAGGUUCGACCCUUAAACAGUGAAGGAUCAUUAAACCUUUUAGGGUUGGAGACAAUUCGAUUAAUAUAUUUCAAAAAUAAGAUGGCAGAAGGGGAUGAACUGGUGGUUCCGGAAACAUCGGACAACAGUCGGAAGCAGAUGGUUAGAAACAUCAACAACAAGCGGCGCUUCUCCUUCAGGGUCCCGGAGGAGGAGAGGAUGCAGCAGAGGAGAGAGAUGCUACGAGAUCCAGAAAUGAGAAAUAAAUUAAUUUCUAACCCAACUAAUUUUAACCACAUAGCACACAUGGGCCCAGGAGAUGGGAUACAGAUCCUAAAAGACCUGCCUAUGCCAGGCUUCCCUUAUCCAUCCCCUCAUCAUCACUCCGGCCUGAUCUCCUCUCCGAUCAACUUUGAGCACAUCUAUCACAUGACUGUUAAUUCCGCUGAAAAAUUUCUCUCUCCUGAUUCCAUAAACCCUGAGUAUUCCCCGUCUCUGCGCUCUGUCCCUGGUACACCAAGCUUUAUGACUCUGAGGAACCCCCGGCCCCAGGAGAGCCGCGCGGUGUUCAGCGGCUCCGUCAGUAUUCCCUCCAUCACCAAAUCCCGCCCUGAGCCCGGCCGCUCCAUGAGCGCCAGCAGUGGCCUGUCAGCGAGGUCCUCUGCACAGAACGGCAGCGCGUUAAAGAGAGAAUUCUCCGGAGGAAGCUACAAUGCCAAGUGGCAGCCCAUGCCCUCCCCGUCAGAGGGCUCGUUGUCUUCUGGAGGCAUGGACCAGGGAAGUGACGCCCCGGCCAGGGACUUUGACGGAGAGGACUCGGAUUCCCCGAGGCACUCCACAGCUUCCAACAGCUCCAACCUGAGCAGCCCGCCCAGCCCAGUGUCGCCCCGGAAGACCAAGAGCCUCUCCUUGGAGAGCACCGACCGCGGGAGCUGGGACCCGUGAGUGGCUUCGGCGCUCAGAGCGGACGCCAGAGCAGCUUCUCCCUCUCGGCCCCUCCACUGCCCUGUCUCCACGUCCAUCCCCCGCCCCUGCCUGGAAGGCCCAGGGCCGGUGGCAGGAGCAGGGUGGGGGCUUGGGGACGCGGACGAUCGCACCUGCAGCCCCAGCUCCCUGCACCGCCCCCCCCAACUUAACAGCAGCAAUCAUCAAGGCAGACUUCCACUGAACAGCUUCGAUGAGUAUCGAUUCCAUUUCAUACACUCAGAGUCGCUUCCCAUCAUCGUGUCCCCCUCCCGAAGGUAGCUCGAGUAGACAGACCUCGCAGACGUGCGCGGGAAGAGCGUCAGGCAGACGGUUUCCACGGCAGAGUCUCGGCGCCCCGGGCAGCGUGCGGGUCCCCCCGCCGGCCUGCGCCCUCCUCCAGCGCCCACAGCCAAUGUCGACCUGAUCGUUGCCAGUAAAUCCUUAUUCACUAAAACAGUGCAUAUUUUACUACAAUACAGAGUUUAAAUAAGUACACAAAUGUAGAGGUUAAAUACUGAAUGUAUAUAGUAAAAAGAAGCAUCUUGUAUUCAGCAAAAGAUGGAUUCCUAUAUAAGAGAGAGAUCAUUUAAUUUAAA